AGAAAACAAACAAAGAAAGUGAAGAAACCAAAACCCAUAGAGUCUUCUAGCGACGACAACUGGUACGCGUUGUUCCUUUUCAUUUCACCCUAAAUCCAUUUCUUUUUAUGAAACACCUUUCGAUCUUCUUUCUCUUUUCUUUUCAAUUUCAAUUUCAAUUUCAUUUUCAUUUUCAUUUUCAUUUUCAUUUUCAUGGGUAUUAGCCUUUCUUUCUUUCGACCAAACCCAACAACCGCUUCUUCCGGUUCCACCUUAGAUGAUUUACCGGAAAGUUGCGUCGCUUCCAUUAUCUCUUACAUGGAUCCUCCUCAGAUCUGUCAACUCGCUACCUUGAAUCACGCUUUUCGCGCUGCUUCUUCUGCUGAUUUCGUUUGGGAAUCCAAAUUGCCACCCAAUUACGAUUCUAUCCUCACCAAAAUCUUUAACCACGAUUUUCCUCUCCAUUCCGGAAAACGAUCGAUUUACGCCUCUCUUUGUCGCCUCAAUACUUUUGAAGGAGGCACCAAGAAAGUUUGGCUUGAUAAAGGCACAGGUAAGCUUUGCUUGGCAAUAUCAGCCAAGGGACUAUCCAUAACUGGGAUUGAUGAUAGGAGAUAUUGGAAUCAUAUCCUCACUGAAGAAUCUAGAUUCAGUAGUGUUGCAUACCUUCAGCAAACCUGGUGGUUUGAAGUGGACGGGGAAGUAGAGUUCCCAUUUCCAGCCGGGACUUAUAGCUUAUAUUUCAGAGUACACCUAGGGCGAGCCGCCAAGAGAUUUGGACGUCGGGUCUGCAACACUGAACAUGUUCAUGGGUGGGACAAAAAGCCUGUCCGAUUCCAACUCUGGACUUCAGAUGGGCAAUACGUUGCCUCCCAGUGUUUUCUGAAAGAAUCUGGCAAUUGGAGUUUUUACCAUGCAGGGGACUUCACGGUUGAGGAUGGCAAUUCAUCAACCAAAGUUAAAUUCUCUAUGACUCAAAUUGAUUGCACACACACUAAAGGUGGUCUGUGUUUGGAUUCUGCAUUUAUUUACCCGAGUGAAUUCAAAAAGACCAAGUCAUUUUUGAAUUGCUCCUAACCAUUUCAUGUAGGAAAAAAAAAUGUACAUUGCCUGUUUAUGAUGUACAGAGCAUAGGACGGUGUCGGGAGGAUUAGAGAAUCGAGUUUUUUUAUGAUUCUUUAGAAUUAGAGGUUUGUUGGAAUUUUCAUGAGUCUCUAGGAUUAGAGUUUUGCUGGGGUUUAUAUAUGAUUCUUUAGGAUUAGAGUUUUGUUGAGUUUUUAUAUGAUUCUUUAAGAUAAGAGUUUCGUUGGAGUUUUUUAUAUGAUUCUUUAGGAUAAGAGUUUUGUUGGAGUCAGGAGGGGAUUAAGAUGUUCAAUUUGACCAGUUUCUUCUGUUAAUUAGAAUGGAUCGUUCUAUUAUUUUUUUUGAACGGCAUAUCAAGAAAGUUCUAUGGUCGCAGAAGAUUGAGUGUAUGCGAUCAUUUUGUUGAGGAAAAAAAUGCAUGAACCUCACAAA